AUGUUCAGCCAUCUGUUGGUUGUUACCUGCGCCGCAGGUCUUGGCCUGGCUUCAAGCAUUGGGAAGCGCCAGUCGCAGACCGCUACAGUAAACCUCAGUCAUAUGCAAGGAGCACCGCAGCACUUUGCGUCCGGGUUCCUGUACGGUAUUCCAGAUACUCCAAAUCAGAUUCCCUCCCACUUUUACUCCGAGAUUGCAUUCAAUUAUGGAAGGGCUGGCGGUGCUCAACUCCCAGCCAAGGGCUACAUGGACGGAGUAGAAGAGUAUCAGUUUGGUGCCGAGUUCAUCGUCCUUCUCCACGAUCUAUGGGGUGCCGACGGAUCGGAGUCUCAAUCUGACUUGUUUCCUGGAGACAAUGGAGACUGGAGCACUUGGGACAACUUUUUGGACCAAGUUGUUUCGGAUAUGCGAGCGAAUAAUAUGACGGCUGCUGUCAAGGUUGACAUUUGGAACGAGGCAGACGGCGGCGGCUUUUGGCUGAGAGAUCGAAGCCAGUUCCUGGCCAUGUAUUCCAGAACGCACAAUACGCUACGAAACAUCUUUCCCGAGGCGCAGAUAUUCGGACCAACCUUCACCGGGCAGCCGGAUCCGAACAACGUCUGGUGGACAGACUGGCUGAGCAUGAUUGCGUCGAACAAUAUGAUUCCCGACGUGUAUUGCUGGCAUUUGAUUCGCCAACCUGGAGGCUCUGGUGGCGACGAUAUCACUUUCUCGAGGGGUGUCUUUGAGCAGAUGCUGCAACAAUUCGGCCUUCCAUCACGUCCGAUCAAUAUCGACGAAUAUGGUUCGCCCGAAGAGCAGGUUCCCGCCAGUUCCGCUUGGUUCAUGGCUCGUUUCGAGCGCAACAACAUUCACGGUCUCCGAUCCGUUUGGACAGGUGGCCCGUCCUUACAUGACUUCAUGACCGACCUUUUGGGCAGAACCGGCGACGGCGUCUACUUCCCUGCAGGCGAAUGGCAAGUGUACAGAUACUAUGGCACGAACAUGACCGGCAAUCGGGUCGAGACGAGCCCAUCCGCGGACGGUUUCUUCGAUGUAUAUGCGACGGCGAGCGACCGGGUGAGGAUCCUCGGCUCAGCCCAUACGCAAACAGGAUCUUACACAGUCAACGUCGAUGGAAUGGCUGAUUUUGGCUUUGAUACCCAUGGGACGGUCAACGUGCAGACGCGGGAGUUUCCGUAUGCGGGCCUUCGCGGAGAGGUGGAUGGACCGAUUGAUCACGGCGUGAGCCAGAUAUCGUUUGACAACAACCAGCUUGUCAUUCCGGCAAUAAUCUCGGUGAACACGAGCGCCUACGCGUGGGAGGUGUUUCGCAUCGAAUGA